CAUGUCCUCCUCCACGUCGGCGCAGGGCGUCGUUGACCGCAUCCAGAACUUCGUCUCUGAGCACAAGCAUGCUGUCCUUAUUAGUACGGCUGCUGCGCUGGUCGCCAUCGGCGGGGCAGCCUAUUACGCUUCGUCAAGCAGCGGACCUCGCGGUGACGUAGAGAAGGGCGAAGGCAAGAAGGACCGCAAGAAAGGCAAGAAGAGAAAGACGGUCAAGGACGACGACGGUCCCAUCCUUGAGGAGCGUAAACCGAAGGCGUCGGUCGUCGAGGAAGAGGAACCAAACUACACCGCUGAGGAGAUCGCUGUUCUGCCCGAGGAGGAGCGCGUCAAGGCAGCCGCUUCGCUGAAGGCGAAGGGCAAUUCUGCGUAUCAGCAGCGCAAGUUCGCCACCGCUAUCGACUACUAUACCCGCGCAAUUGCUGUCACUCCUAAGCCAGAACCCGUCUUCUUCAGCAACCGUGCCGCGUGUUUCGUGAACUUGAACCCUCCACAACACGAGAAGGUUAUCGAGGAUUGCGACCAGGCUCUUGCUCUUGACAAAAACUACCUGAAGGCUCUCAACCGUCGUGCAACAGCGCUCGAGGCUUUGGGCAGAUUUGAGGAGGCUCUCCGUGACUUCACGGCGGCGGCUAUCCUGGAUAAGUUCCAGAACAUGUCUGCUGCUGAGUCGGUCGAACGGGUGCUUAAAAAGCUUGCAACGGACAAGGCGGCCGAGAUCUAUGUGACUCGCGAGCCGCGGCUCCCUUCGCAUAUGUUCACCUCCGCGUACUUUGGUGCUUUCCGGCCACGACCGGUUCUCGAUCUCCCCGAGAACCACACUACGGGAGACUCUACGCUUCGUAUGGCACUCGAGGCACUUCGGGCUGCGGACUACGCGCACGCGUUCACGCUUGUGAAUGAGUCGAUCGAGCAGGGCAUCUCCUGGGACGCCGGCAAGGCUGAGGCUCUGAACCUUCGCGGCACCUUCAAGUUCCUCAUGACGGACAUCGAGGGCGCCAAGGCGGAUUUCUUGCAGUCGAUUGAGCUUGCACCCUCGUUCACACAGACCUGGGUCAAGAUUGCAAGCGUAUACAUGGAGCAGGGCGACCCGAAGAAGGCGUUCGAAUGCUUCGAGGACGCGAUCAAGCACAACCCGAACGACCCGGACAUCUACUACCACCGUGGACAGGUUCUGUUCAUCAUGAACGAGUUUGCGGAGGCCGCAGAGAACUACACGAAGUCGACUGAGCUGGACAACCAGUUCGUGUUCAGCCACAUCCAACUGGCCGUCGCCCAGUACAAGUCCGGCAACCUCGCAAACAGUAUGGCGACGUUCAGGCGGACGCUCCAGGCGUUCCCUACUCGCAGUGAGCCUCAUAACUACUACGGCGAGUUGCUUUUGGAUCAACAGCGCUACCCUGAGGCGAUCCAGAAGUUCGACAACGCCAUCGAGAUCGAGCGCGCGAAAGCACCACCAAUGAACGUUCUUCCCAUGGUCAACAAGGGGCUCGCCAUUUUUCAGUCCGAACAGAAUGUCGAGGCGGCAGAGAAGUGCUGCCAGGAAGCGCUAGAGAUCGACCCCGAGUGCGAGGCAGCGGUCGCGACACUCGCGCAGCUGAGCCUGCAGCAGGGCAAGAUCGACGUCGCGUUGAAGAUGUUCGACCGGCAAGCAAACCUCGCGCGCAGCGAGCCCGAACUCAUCUCCGCUCUGACCUACCAAUUCGCCACGCAGGCGCAGGUCAAGUUCAUGGAGUCGUACCCGGAGAUGGCGGCGCAGCUGGGACAGAUGGCGAGGAUGAUGUGAGGCGGUCCUCGACGCGCGUGGACAUUGGCUUGAGUAGUUCCGGCGUGUUACUUGACUUGCUUAUAUUCUAUCGUACUCGCAUCCAUAAAUCUAUCCUCACUCCCUUGGCCUCUUUAC